AUGGACCACGACUUCGCACCGCCUCCUCCUCCAGAGAUGCAGCCGCACAGGGCUCCAGGCCCCAGAUCUUCUUUCUCCCGCGGCCACAUGCUGGGGCGCCACACCCACCAAAAGCUCACCAGAGAUGUGUCCCCCCUCAUCCCUGUCAUCAAGAAGACUGUCCACUUGAACGCCUUCCCCCAAGGCAAUGUCCUACAGACUUUCAGCCAGCCAAGCCUUAGAUCCAGGGCCUGGAGUAUGUCCCAACAGGGCAGCCUAGGGCCCCUGGGCUCUCUGCCUCCCAAUAGCUUUAUGCCCAGGAAACUCAGCUCUAUUUCCUUAACAAUUCGCCAGAACGUCCAAGCGCGGCCCCUGGAUGCUCCACUUUCUCAUUGGGAAGAGUUGUCCAAUUUGGGCAAGGAGGUACUCACCCAUGGAGAAGGGAGGCUGUCCACUUCAAAAUCACCACCCAUGGCCCCAAUGCCAAAGGACAGGACCUCCUCUGAAGGCCAUGGGAACCCAGAUCCUACCAAAGCCAGCAGGACACCCUCAGGGGAUAAGCCCCUGGUGUCUUCCCAUCUGACUUUGCCAUUCCAAUCUCAGAACACUCAGAGUUCGGGCCCUGUGGCUCAAGUCCAAACCAGAACCUCUCCAGGAAGAGGCAAGUCCAAGCCCAGGGGUAUUCCCAGAUCCCGAGCAUACCUCCAAAGGGCUACUGCUUCUCCUUCUACAAAUUUGUCUGCUGUGGGCACAAAAUUAGAUAUAGCCAGAAAUUUAGGCACAAUGGCCAUCAACAGACCUGAGCUGGCUAUCAAUAUGUCCACACCAAACCCAUCCAGAAUGGUCAGAGACACUGAACUUCCUAUUCUGGGUGCCAAGAUGGGCAUGACCGUUGACUUACCUAUAGCAUCCAAGGCAGGAAAAGCGACAGAUUCGGUGAUAGCAGGCCCACCCAAACUAGGCACAGCCAUGACUUUAGCUGGAGCAGGGACAACCAAGCCAGGCCAGGUUCUGAAUUUGGUAACUGCAGACUCAGACAAGCUGGAGAAUGUCAUGGCUAUGACCACGGAGGACUCAGCCAUGGCUUUGGAAAUACCGGAUCAAAUUGAUCUGGGCAUAACCAGGUUGGACACAGCCAUGGGUUUGGCUGGAGUCAAUAUAGCCGAGCUGGACACAACUGCAGAUUCUUCUGUGUUGGACACAAGCCAACUGGAAACAGCCAUGGAUUCAGUUGUGCUGGUCUGCCCAGUCUCUGGUGAGACUAAGCUAGACAUUGUCAAUCACCUGACCAUCACGGAUGCUGCAACCUAUUCUCUAACGACAAACAGAAGCACAGACCCAGGCCAGGACUAUGCUGCAGUGGAUGCUGUCACAGACAGUGUCACUGAACCUACCUCGCUGGACCUGGCCAGAGAACCCAAAGGGCUCCCAGAGGCCAGGACGGACACAGCUAUGUCAGAGCUGGUACCCGAGCCCAGGCCUAAGCCGGCGGUGCCCAUGAAGCCGGUCAGCAUCAACUCCAACCUACUAGGUUACAUCGGCAUCGACACCAUCAUCGAACAGAUGCGCAAGAAAACCAUGAAGACUGGUUUUGACUUCAACAUCAUGGUCGUUGGCCAGAGUGGACUGGGCAAGUCAACGCUGGUCAACACACUCUUCAAGUCCCAAGUGAGCCGAAAGGCCUCCAGCUGGAACCGGGAGGAGAAGAUCCCUAAGACAGUAGAGAUCAAAGCCAUUGGGCAUGUGAUAGAGGAAGGUGGUGUCAAAAUGAAGCUGACAGUCAUUGAUACGCCAGGCUUCGGGGACCAGAUCAACAAUGAAAACUGCUGGGAGCCCAUUGAGAAAUACAUCAAUGAGCAGUAUGAAAAGUUCCUGAAGGAAGAGGUGAACAUCGCCAGGAAGAAACGCAUCCCGGACACCCGUGUCCACUGCUGCCUUUACUUCAUCUCCCCCACAGGACACUCCUUACGACCGCUUGAUCUUGAGUUCAUGAAACACCUCAGCAAAGUGGUGAACAUCAUCCCGGUCAUUGCCAAGGCUGACACCAUGACCCUGGAGGAGAAGUCUGAAUUCAAGCAGAGGGUUCGCAAAGAGCUUGAAGUAAACGGCAUUGAGUUCUACCCUCAGAAGGAGUUUGAUGAGGACUUGGAGGACAAGACAGAGAAUGACAAAAUCAGGCAGGAGAGCAUGCCCUUCGCUGUGGUGGGGAGUGACAAGGAGUACCAAGUGAAUGGCAAGAGGGUCCUCGGCAGAAAAACCCCGUGGGGGAUCAUUGAAGUGGAAAACCUCAACCACUGCGAGUUUGCCCUGCUUCGAGACUUCGUCAUCAGGACUCAUCUCCAGGACCUCAAAGAAGUCACCCACAAUAUCCAUUAUGAGACUUACAGGGCCAAGAGGCUCAAUGACAAUGGAGGUCUCCCUCCGAACAAAAAGCUGUGCGCCUCACUCAAGAGGUCUGGGGAAGGUUUUAUUUUAAAAUGCUGGGAGCAGGUGAGCCACAGGCAACCCUUUCUUUCUUCUGACCCACCCACAAACUGAGGCUGCAAGGGUUCUUCACAGACAGGUGGCUGAGCUAGCCCAUGGUGGGGUGCGGGGGUUCGGAACAACCUUCGCUGUAAGUUGAGGUGGCCUGGACUUCUUGACAGAGGAAAGGAAAGGUCACAGGAAGCAGAGAAGAAUGCUGGGGGUGGGGAGCGGUUCCUGCAGAAUUAGUGCCUGGAAAUGGAGCUCCACCCUUGGGUCUGUGUCAAGGCCACCAUCAACAACACCGCUGUGCUGCAGACCACUGCUUUCUAUGCUCGCCUUGCCCAUGUUUGCAGCCUGGCUGGUUGUCUCCUCUUCCCGACCCCCCGCUCCGCCUCCUUUGCCUCCUUUCUUCAUAUAUUCAUUCCUACAUCCUCCGUCUCUCCUGCCUGUCUCUGACCUUUUGCUUCCUUUUAGAGUAAUCUGUUACCUUCAUUUCUACAUUUAGAAAUCAUGCCCAGCCUACUUCCUAAGUUGACUUUCUGUUGCCCUAAAAUAAAGUUACAACUAGGGGCUGAAGAGGUGCCUCUGUGCUUAAGAGCAACUUUUGCUCUUGCAGAGGACCCCGGUUCUGUUCCCAGUACCUACCUGGCAGCUCACGACUGCACUGAGUGACUCCAGCUGCAGAAGAUCAGACGUCCUCUUUUAACCUCCACAAGCAUGGCAUAUAUAUACAUCCAUGGAGACAAACUCUUAUAUGCAUAAGAUAAAAAUCAAUAAAUAUUCAAGAAAUAAAGUCACAAGUAAAAGCAUGGGAUAAUACACACUGAGUUGGCAAGAGAAAUCAGAGCUGUAGGGAAGAGAGGAGCCAAUUUCUGCAGCUGAGCACUGAAAUUUGCCCUGAACUCAGGAGUAGCCUAGGGAAAAAGGGGAACUUGGGACUUGGGCUGCCUGCUCCGUGUUCUGUUUAAGGAAACACACAUACUGGUCAAGUGAGGCAGCUUUUGGGUGGAGGACAUGACAUUUUUGAACUAAUUCUGAAGCAUCAGAAACAAUAUAUAGAAUUUCCUAGGGACCCAGGGCUUCAGAGACAAAUUCUAGGACACAGUUCCCUUUCUCUAGAUCCUUCUAUGUUAAGCUGGCUUUUCUGUGGCUUCGCCUCAUGUAAACCUCACUCGCUCUUUCUGUUCUCAUUUGUCUGUUUUCCUCUGCUUCUCCCCUCUUCCCCAACCCAGUUUCCCCAUCUUCCAAUCCUCUAGAUAGUCCCAGGAACAUCCACAACCAUACAUUUAGCCUUCUCUUGCCUUGUUCCAGAGCCCUGUAGUUAUGCACACGUCCACUGCUCCUUGCACACACAAGUUAUUCUUCCUGUGGUUUCUAAGGCUGCUUUAAGGAAAACCGCUUAGCCUUAGGAAAGGGAAGAGACUAGGGGUUCUGUUUACCACUGCCUUUAUGCGCUAUCCCAUCUCCUGGUCCAGCCUGGGUAUUAACUGGUCCUCACUGAAUGCUACCGUUUAUAGUCGCAAUCCUUUAUCACUCAGGCACUAGGAGAAACAAAAGAGAUGGAUCCCAUGAUUCAGUGGACCGAGUGAAGGAGGGAGGGGAUGAUCAGAUCAUGUGACCCCAGUCCUACGGUCUUAGCCUUUCCUUAGCUCUACCUAUCUAGCCCUCAUCCCUCAUCUCAUUUUCCCGUAAGUUACUCCGAAGUCGGCACCUCUCAGGCUAGAAUGGAAGCAGUGUUCUGGAGCUCCCUGGCUACUCCAGUGGGGUCACCUAGGGCCAGCAGGGAUCAGGGGGGUGAGCACUGGAUAGUUGGAUAGCCUAAGUAGCAGAAUGGUGCCUGACCCCUCGUUAAGCUAUGGAUGGUUUCACUCUCCCUGGAGAAGCUGUUUGGAUGUGCUUGCUGCAAACUGCUGGUCUCCACGCCCUCAACCGUUCUCAACUCCCCUUGCAGGGAGAAGGCCUUCUGGGUACUGCCCUUCCACCUGUGCCAGCUACCCCCUGUCCCUCUGCUGAAUGAAGGCCAUUUCAAGCGCUGCUUCUCCCUCAUUCCUUCCAGCUGCUCUUGCUGCAGGGCCAAGCCCCCUUUAAUGCUGUGCUUGUCCAGCCCGCCACCACAACCCCUCUCAGCCCUCAGCAGGUGGGAGGGGGCCGGCUGCCUCUUUAGGAUCAGUAGCUUCCUCCAUUUAGCCAAAUGACUCCUCUCCUCCUACUGGAAUGGAGUUCCUGCCAGCCAGCAUUGCCCUGCUCCAUCGUCUGUCAGCAGCCCCAGCCCAUGUGUAGAGAGAAGGAACUCACCGAGAGCUUGCAAGCCCAUUCCAGCGACUUGUAACCAUCUCCAAGGGAACCGGCAUUGCUUCCUAGCCAUUCAUCUGCAUGAGUACUCUUCUUGGCUCCCUUAAACGGUCAAGAAAGCAAUUUUUUCUGCUUGUCAGUCAUUGAGGUCAGCUGUGUGAGCCCCCAUGUGGGACAAGGGUGUCUCCUUCAUUGCUUAAAGGUAUAAGGGUGAUUCAUUACAGAGAUUGGGGAGCAUGAGGGCUAGCGUCACUUAAAUCACCACUGGUGUCUGGCCCAGUGUGUGUAUGUGUGUGUGUGUGCGUGUGCGCACGUGUGUGUGUGUGUGUGUGUAGACAACCUCUUUACCCCCCCCCCCCCAAAAAAUGUGGCCAUUUCGGAAGUGGUUUCCCUGAAAAGAAGUUGCUGGGUUUGACUUCCUUAUCCCCAAACAACAACAAGGGGGAAAAAAGUGAAUUAAACACACACAUGAACCACCCCAAACCCACAAGCUAUACACUCUAGGCGGAAAAAAAGCACCCUUUUGUACAUUUAGCAAUAAGAGGGAUCUCUUCCCACCUACCCUGAGCAUUCCAACGCCCAUCUCCCACCCUGUUAAUGUGAGCAGUGCAUUAGCCUGACCACAGGUGGUCGCUAUGGGCUAAUGGAAAAUACUCCACGGAGGGCAAAGCCCCCAACAGAUGCAUGAAUGUUUGCGAAUGUCGGCUGCCACUGCCCCAUACACUGUGUCUUUAUAGAACCCUCCCUUGGCCACCUCCCCUGCCAUCUCCACCUGGAUACAACUUGCUCAAAGGCUGGUGACUUGUGGGCCAUUCAUCUACAAGUCCCGAUGGAACAAGAGGCCCAAGCCUAGGGGAUGCGGGAACGACCCAUUUUUAAAAUGUUAUUAGUCCCAACCAAUAUUUUGGUGAUAUUCCAGUUGAAUUUCCCAAUUGAAAACAAGCCAACAGACAUUCAGACUGGUCAUGUAAAUGUUGCUAGCCUCUGUUGUACAACUAAACAUUGCUGUUUGAACAAUAA